UUCAGAAGUGGUUCAUAACCUAAAUGUUAAUCAGUAAUCUUUUCGUCGGCAUUUGUCUUGAUACUUUUCUGCAUUUGGAGAUAUGAAUGUGCGAGGAUACGAUAAACAACAUGGCUUCCAAAUGGGUUGAAACUUUGAGGGAAGCAGAGAAAACGAGUAUAAUUCAAGACGGUCGAAGAAAAAUUCACUUUACACUGAAAGAUGGCACAGAGCUUGCAGAGGAAUAUGACACUAGGAACAAUGAACUUGUUGUCAGGAAAUGGAGAAAGAAAUCCACAUUAGGGAGUCAAGGAAAGUGGGACUUUGAAGUUGGAGAGCAGCUGGCACCUAGAAACCUUGAUGCUGAAGGUCUUAUGGAGAGCACAAGCAAUCCCAUAUUUGUGAGAACAGAUACCAAAAAGGCAUUUCAGUGGAGAAUACGAAAUCUCCCUUAUCCCAUAGAGACAUAUGAUGUUAGGGUGGAUGCUGAAAAUAGAUGUGUCAUCAUCAGGACUACAAAUAAAAAAUACUAUAAAAAAUUUACCAUCCCAGAUAUGGACAGGGCAGCUCUUCCAUUAAGCCAGAGCAGUCUAAGUGUGGCAUAUGCCAACAAUACUCUAAUACUUAAUUAUGAAAAACCCAAAGAAAUUCUUGCACAGGAAAAAAUAUUACAAGAAGAAUUCAAAAAGAUGAAAGCAGCAAAAGAUGGGGAUGUGGAAUGCAAUCCAAGUUGAUGACAAUUUCAAAGUUGCGAUUUUUGAUAAAUUGAAAUUCAACUUUGCUUUCAUUAUACAGCAUAUAUGUGUAAAAUGUAUUUUCAUAAAAAUAUCAUUUGUUAGCUUUUUUUAUGCCAGUUUUAUUGAAUGACAAUUUGUUAAGGAUUAUUUCCUUUUAUAUGACCACUGCACUGAAAUGGAUUGGUUGGAGCAAGGCUUAUUGAAUGUUAUCUACCAUCAUGCACUCUUGAUGUUUCAUUAAAAUAAUUAAACCAACUGUGAAGAGUAAUGCCAAUCAAUCUUUUAGUCAAAUCAUUAUUUUUGUGAGUAUUCAUGCAUUUCUUUAUUUUUGGCUACGGGUCAUUCCUUAUGAGCAAAAUAAUUACUUAUCUUUUAAAAUCUCAUCUUUGUGUUACAUCUUAGAAUGAGAAUGCAAGUAGUGCAACCACAUUGCCUUGGGGUGGCACAGGCAGAAUCUAAUAGUUUUUGAGGUGUGACAGGAUGAAUGAGAACAUUAUUUCUCCGGGGUUACAGGUGGAGAAAAUCCAUUACUUCUUGGUAAGUGUAUUAUUCCUUAAAGGGAUAAUAACUCUUCGUAUGAUAUCUAUAUUUCACAAUAAAAACAUUGUAAA